AUGGCCCUAAGGACACUCUGGGCUGGACAGGCCAAGGGGCCCCUGGGGGCCCAGGGCAUCAUCUGCCUGGUGAUCUCUCUUCUCCUCCAGCACCCAGGAGUCCACAGCAAGUGCUACUUCCAAGCUCAAGCCCCCUGUCACUAUGAGGGCAAGCAUUUCACCCUGGGCGAGUCGUGGCUCCGUAAGGACUGUUUCCACUGCACCUGUCUGCAUCCUGUCGGCGUGGGCUGCUGUGACACGUCCCAGCAUCCCAUCGACUUCCCUGCUGGGUGUGAGGUCCGUCAGGAGGCAGGCACCUGCCGGUUCUCCCUGGUGCAAAAAUCUGACCCACGGCUGCCCUGCAAAGGGGCAGGGCCCAACCUGGAGUGGGGCUCAGCUAACACCCCUGAUCCUGGGGCUCCCGCGCCCCACUCCCGCUAAACUCAACUCAUCACCCCUCUGCUGCCUGCCCACUGCUGCUGCCACUUCCAGGGAAACCACUAGCAGGUGCUGGUUUAUUCUGAAAAAAUAAAUUAAUGCCACAGCU